AUGCAAAAAUUUUCCUCUAAAACAUUUCAGGUUGUUGUUGAAUGUCCAAGUAUAGGUAUUAAACAAACAUUUCCCUGCAAUAAUUGGUUAGCUGAUGAUGAAGGUGAUAGACAUAUUGAACGUCGAUUAAAAGAAGAUUUAUCAUUACGUAAAACUCGCCCACCAACUGUUCCAUGGUAUAUAUGGGUUUAUACAAGUGAUAAGAAAGGAGCCGGUACAAAUGGUCAAGUAAUUCUUGUCCUUUAUGGUAAUUAUGGAAAAUCAAUAAAUAUUAAAUUAGAAAAGAAUUCAGAUACAUUACAACAAGGUCAUUGUAAUCAAUAUAAAGUUGAUAUGAAUGAUGUUGGUAUACCAUUUAAAUUACGUGUUAGUCUUAAUAAUAAAAGUUUAUCUCAUUCAUGGCAUCUUGAUCGAAUUGAAAUGACAAAUCUUAAAACAAAUGAACAAUAUAGAUUUCUUUGUGGAAGAUGGUUAUCGAAAAUAGAAGAUGAAAAACAAAUUAUUAGAGAGUUACCAGCUGAAGGACCAGGAAUAUCGAGAUCUUUACCUAUUAUUAAAUAUAUAGUUGAUGUAUAUACAGGAAAUAAACCUAAUGCUGGUACAGAUGCAAAUGUUUUUAUUAAUAUUUACGGUGAAUGUGGUGAUACAGGAGUACGCCCAUUAGAAUAUUCAUUACAAAAUAAAAAUAAAUUCGAAAGAAACCAAGUCGAUAGUUUUAUUAUUGAGGCUGUUUUAUUAAAGCAAAUACAAAAAAUUCGAAUUGGUCAUGAUGGUACUGGAACAGCUUCUAAAUGGUUUUUAAAUAAAGUUGUCAUUCGAUCAGAAGAUCAACGUUAUGGACCAGUUACAUUUAUUUGCGAUAGAUGGUUUGCUAUCUACGAAGAUGAUGGACAAAUUGUUCGUGAAUUAACACCAACAAAAGAUUUACAAGAGACAACAUAUAAUGUUAAAAUAAAAACUGGCGAUAUUUUUCAAGCUGGUACUCAUGCCGAUGUACAUUUGCAAAUAUUUGGUGACAAAGCGGAAACAGAUAAAAUCCAACUGAAAACAAUUAAUAAUUCGAUAAAUACAUUUGAACGUGGACGUAUCGAUAGUUUUACAUUUCAAUGUCAUAAUCUUGGCAAAAUUGGACAUAUACGCAUUGGACAUAAUGGAACAAGUUAUGAUGCAGGAUGGUUUCUUGAUUGGAUUGAAAUUCAUGUACCAAGCCAUAGAGAAAUUUAUAGAUUUGUCUGUCAUCGUUGGUUAGACACAAAGGAAGGUGAUGGAAGAAUUGAGCUUGAUUUAAAACCAACUGACAUAAUUAAAACACACAUUCCGUAUGAAAUAACAGUUUGUACUGGUGACAAAGUAGGAGCUGGUACUGAUGCAAAAGUAUUUAUUCAAAUAUAUGGUUUAUAUGGUAAAACAGAAGAAAUUAUCCUUGAAAAUAAAUUCAAUUCAUUUGAGAGAAAUUCGGUUGAUAAAUUUAUAAUUGAAGCUGCUGACGUAGGAAAAAUUGAAAAAAUUCGAAUAGGCCAUUAUUCAGAAAAAUUGUCAUCUGGAUGGUAUCUUGAAAAAGUACUUAUCCAACGAUAUUCAAGUGAACCAUUUGAUAAACGAAAUAGGAUAUCAACUCCACAUGUUGAAGAGUAUUUGUUUAUAUGUCGACAAUGGUUUGAUAAAAGUCAAAGUGAUAGAAAAACUGUUCGAGAAUUUCUACCAACUAAUGAGAAUGGACACAUGUUAAUCAAUCGAAAAGUAAAUUAUCUUGUACAAGUUUUUACGGGUGAUAAAAGCGGUGCUGGUACAGAUGCAAAUGUUUUUCUAACAAUUUAUGGAGAUAAAGGUUAUACAAGUGAACAUGAAUUAGUACAUUCUCAAACAUAUAAAAAUAAAUUUGAAAGAAAACAAAUCGAUAAAUUUAUAAUUGAAAGUGAUGAUUUAGGAUAUAUUUAUAAAAUAAAAAUUCGACAUGAUAAUAGUGGAGUGUUAGAUGAUUGGUUUUUAGAAAAAAUUGAAGUUAGAGGAGACGAUAAACAAACAUAUCUGUUUUAUUGUGAACAAUGGUUAGCAAAGAAUAAAGGAGAUUCAAAUAUUGAACGAAUACUUUAUGAAAAGAACUAUAAAGGUUUAAUGAGUAAUAGAGAAGUAGUGGCUCGUCCAACUGAAGAAUGUAUUCCUUAUAUUGUUAAAAUAAAAACUGGUGAAGCAUCUGAUGCUGGUACAUCAGCAAAUGUAUCUAUUCGUCUAAUUGGUUCCAAAGGUCGCCAAACGCGCAUGAUACAAUUAGAAGUAAUGCAACGACGACGUUUUGAACCAGGAAAAAUUGAAACGUUUUCAUUAGAAGAACCUGAUAUUGGUGAUGUAGAAAUGGUUGAAAUUGAACAUAAUGGUGACACAUUAGCUGAUAGUUGGUUUCUUGAUGGUGUUAUUGUUGAAACUCCAACUAAAGGACGAACAUUUUAUUUUAUUUGCAAUGAAUGGUUAUCAAAAUAUAAAGGUGAUCGAAGAACUAAACGUAUACUUAGAGUACAAGAUUUAAAUAAAGCAUCAUGUCGUCCAUUAAUUCCAUAUUUUGUAAGAAUUUAUACAGGACAUAUUGAACAUGCUGGUUCUCAAUGUGAUGUUAGUUUGAAAUUAUUUGGUACAAUAGGUUCAUCAUCGGAACAUAUUAUUAGAAAACAUGAAGGAAGUUUUGAACGAUCAGCUAUUGAUGUAUUUCAAUGUGAAUUAGAAGAUGUUGGUAAACCAAUUAAAUUACGUGUUAAACUAUUGCCAAAAUCUAUAAAAGAUCGAAAUCAAUGGUAUUUAGAAAAAAUUGAACUCAUUAAACAUGCAAAACAAAAUUUAAGAGAAGAAACAUAUUCUUUUGAGCUUAAUGAUUGGAUAGGGCAUCAAACAGAUUGUUAUCUAGAUAUACCAAUAACAAAAGGUAAUAGAGUAGCAAUGCAUCGAACAAAUUAUCGUGUUAUAACGAAAACAAGUGAUAUGGAUGAUGCUAAUUGUGAUGCCAAUGUAUUUAUUAUUAUUUCAGGUGAAAAUGGUGAGAGUGAACAAUUAGAAUUAAAAUAUUCUUCAACACAUAUAAAUAAAUUUGAACGUAAUCAUGAAGAUGUAUUUACAUUUGAAAAUAUUUUAAGCUUGGGCCAAUUAAAUAAAUUACUUAUAUGGCAUGAUGAUUCAUCAAUACUAAAAAGUUCUUGGCACUUAGAAUAUGUACAAAUUGAGGAUUUACAAACAGGACAAAUAUAUGUGUUUCCAUGUAAUAAAUGGUUAUCAUCGACAAAAGAUGAUCGACAAAUUGUACGGGAAUUGUUUUCUAGUAAUCAUCCAUAUUUUGGAAGUCAAUAUGAUUCAUUAACAUCAGAUGGACAAGUUCUAUAUCAAAUAGAAGUUGUUACUUCAGAUAAACAAAAUGCUGGAACAACACAAGAUGGAUGGAUUAUUAUUGAAGGAAAUAAAAAAAAAUCAGACAAAUUAUUUAUGAAAAAUACAUUACAUAAAAACAUUUUACGCCGAGGACAAAUCGAUAUGUUUACCUUCGAAUGUCAACCUCUUGGGGAAUUACGUCGGAUUAUUCUCGGGCAUGAAGAACAACAUGAAUAUCUAUUUAAAACAUAUGAAGGUGAUCAAACUCUGUGGCAUGUUUCACUCAUUAGUAUAACUGAUUUAUCGACGGGCAUCAUAUAUGAAUUUCCAGUACAACAAUGGAUUGCUAUUAAUAAUGACGGUUAUGUUUUUGAUUGUGUGAAUAAAAAAGAACAUUCUGUUGUACAAGAAUACACUCGUCGUACAAUUAAUUAUAAAUUUAUUUUUCAUACAGGUUACGUAUCAGGUGUUAAUACAGAUGCUAAUGUAUCAAUUAUACUUUAUGGUACUCUUGGUAACACGGGUAAUAUACUAUUAAAACAAAGUGGUCAAAAUUUAUUUGAACGUGGUGGUGUUGAUGAAUUUAUUAUUGAAUGGUUAGAAUUAGGUAAAUUAACAAAAUUACAUAUUGAAUAUCAGAAUUCUAUGUCUUUAUCUGAUUGGUUUCUUGAUAAAGUUGACGUUAUUAAUGUAGACACAAAUGAAACAGUAGUAUUUCCAUGGAAACAAUCUCUUGGAAAAAAGCACGAUGGUCAUCAUAUUCAACGAGAUUUAUUACCAAUUUAUACAUCAUAA